AUGAAAUUUGAUCCUCGGAAUCCUCUCAGUACUCAAGGAGGGCGAGCAAAACUUGUGGAUGUUUUGUUGGAAACAUCUAUGGGUGGCAGUACUCGUAUGACACAGACUGGCCCAGAAAAUCUCCCUCGACGGUAUCUACCUCCUGGCCGUUACACUGACCUGUUUAGGUUAUACACUGCUGAAUGCAUAGCUCACAGGAGGCCAAUGUCAAGUUCUACAACUUUUUUCCGGGUUCUUCGUGAGAGUGGCUGGAGACAGGUCCUUCGAUUCAGGGGGGCUAGUACCCAUGCUGAAUGCACAACAUGUCACGAACUCAAGGCCAAAAUGAGGCGCUGUCGGGACCUACAGCAGCAUGCCAAGGCAUGUGACAAAUACAUGCGUCACUUGGCAGGAACUUUUUGCGAUCGCCAAUGCUACUGGCAGUUCAGGGAGCGCUCUGCUGUGGCAGGGGAUAUACUAUGUUGUAUAAUAGAUGGCAUGGAUAAGUCAAAGUUCCUUCUACCACGAUAUUGUUUUGCAACCACCCCCAAAGCAUUGGAGACUCGGACAAGACCAGCUUGCGAGUUGUCAGCGGUUCUGGCGCACGGUUGGGGCGUGUUUGUUUUUGUUACUGAUUCUGAGCAAUCUACUGGCACAGAUUGGGCAUGCGAAAUUCUGGUGCCCGGGGUUGCUGUGUAUUUGGAUGAUGACCGGAAAACAACUUUGAUGGAAAUAGCAUCUUACUUGGAGAAGAACUACACAGGAUAUGGGAGGGGCAUACUCUACCUUCGACAGUUGGCUGGUACUGUGGCAAAGCCCCGGGUUCCAGCUCCAUCAUUGCAGUUCUUGUUACAAGGGCCCUGUGUUGGAAGGCAACAGGGAGUCAUCCAUUUCGAUACGCCGACACCCCACGUCAUGCACACCAUGCGCGUUGAUGGUGAAGAUGGCCCCGGCCCCAGCCAAGCCACGUCUCCUCCAUCAGUGAAGCAGCGCCUUGUGAGCUUGAUGGAAGAGGUGACAGCGUCAAUGAAUAUGGGCAAGUGGCUUUGGGACCGCUAUGGUUCAGCAGAAGGCAAGUUUGAUGGAUUGGGUCGCUACCCCAGCACAUUGCAGUUCCGAGCCCAUUUCCCGUCCAUUGUGAAUUCCAAUUACCAGAGCGAAAAGGAGGCCUUGGAAGUCAAAUUCACAAAGGGCAUUGAUGAAGAGACCCUGAACAAUGAUCCGGAUGCUUGCAAAUUGAUCGCCAGUUUGAAGUACUUGAGGGCCAACUACCGCAAAUUUGAUUUACCAGAACAUUACCUCUACGAGACCUUGAGCUUGGCCAACCGAACCGCUGAGAAGGUGAAACCAUCAGCUUUGGAUAUCACUCUGCUUUUUCGGGAGGCUGUGAGGGUGAAGCGGCUUUCUACUCCCGGUGUAUCUGUUCGGGACCUUCUGAACUCUGUCGUGUCUGAAUACAACCGAAGCAUUACCACCAAGGCAUGGCAGGUGAAGCAAGGGCUUCGCAAGGCUAUCUACAACUUGCUGCAGGCACCUGAUGCCUUGAUUGGCAUCAUGAAAGCCAUGUAUGAGAACUACAAGCCUAGAGAUGCCGCUCAGCUUCAAGAGUUGAUGGAGAUGGCCUGCUUCUUCUCUUGGCUCUUUCCUAAGAUGGAGGUCUUGCUUGGCAAGGGCAAGGUUCUGGAUGGCAUACUGACUAUGUGGGAGAUGGGGGCAUUGGACAGCGAACUGCGCACUCACAUGAAAGCCAAUGAUGCGUCCUUUGACUACAAGAAGUUGAGCUUCUUGAUGGAAGCUUCAGGAGUCAUUCAAGAAGAACAUGUGUUGACUGCCCAAAGCAGUGUGGCGAAUGCGCGGAAACAAUCCCUUGCUGCCGCGUAUCAGCUGUUCCAGACCAAUCUGGAGAACGACCAGGUUCAGCAUGAAAAGUUCCUGGCCAGUGCUGAGGCGAAUGCGAGCCGCACCAAGACCAUCAUGAUCCAGUCUCUAGAGGAGGAUCCUGACAACCUCCCAACCAUUGCGGCCAAGCUUGAACCAUGGCUCCAGAGCACUUUGACUGGCUUUGGAAGUGGCAUCCGCCGCCCUGAGCGCGAAAGGCUCAUUGGUUGGGUCAACUUCGUCUCUUGUGGGGUGGUCUCUGGAAAACGUUUGAUGUUUGCCCUGGAGCAUGAGAAGGCAGAGAAUGCUGACGGUGCAAAGGAAGAGCCAGAAGAAGGAGAUGAUGAGGACCCGGAUGCAACAGAUGAGGAGGAGAAAGGUGCCACUGAUGCGGAGCGGAUCUUGAGAGACUAUCGCUACAAGUUGCAGUGUCAGCUUAUGGCUGCCGACCGAAACCUCAAGGUGAAGAAUUGCAGCGCCAUCUUCGAGGACACCACCGUGUAUGGUUCUCGGGAAGGGGCCUACCCAUGCCUUCUGGUGACAGCAGCCGACAAGAACAACAUCUACCACAAAUCACGAGCUUGGAAGCAUGCAGUUGUAAAGGGGAUCUCGAUGCUACCCAGGGGUGAAAUGCUGAAGGUUGACAAGGUUGAUAGCUUCUUUGCUGCCAACGACCGCUUCACACCAGUCCAAGAACUCAAACAGCAUUGUGCUGGAGCAAGCUUCGUCGAGAAGUUCGUGGAGAGCCUGGCACCAACGGGCAACACAGUGGUGGUUGACAUGUUUGGGUACGAUGCCUGGCCUGCCUCACAUUGCCUGCAAAGGGUGGUGCAAGGACAGCAGGUGUGCUGCGCGACGGUGUGCCACACCAAAAAGGAGGGUGAGUACGUUGCUGCAGCCAUCGCCAACAAAGUCUACAGCUUGGCCCGGGAAGGCCGUCUAUCUUUGGCUGGAUUUCCCCAGUUCAGCUCUUGCACGGAUGACCUUCAGAAACUCCAAUCCAUGGACCCACCAGCUUAUGAAGUUUGUGUAGGUCUCCCAGAUGGAACUUUGGUGGUGAAAGAGACUUUGGUUCAAUAUUGGUGUGUCACCAACCCAGACUUCGACACAAAGGAGUUGAUCACCAAACACAACGCCCGGUGGAACAAGAACAACUUGAAGCGAUGCCUUGAGGGAGAAGAUGGUGCACAGCCAGGUCAGCCUGCCAAGCGUUUGAAGGUUGACACGACGAAACCGAGUGACCACGAAGACCAGAUGGAAGACAGGAUUACUUUGUCCUGUGGGAAUUUCAAGCUCAUCUGUGAUCGCAAAGCGAAUGAAUUUGGGAUUGUGGCUGACUCUCAGGACACAGCGCUAAUCCAAGCUCUUGCAUCUACGGAACUCUUUGGCUUUGGCAGUGGGGAUUGGGUUUCAAAGGGCACAGCCCGUGAUGUCAUGAGUGACUGUGGCGACAGUGGCCGCUGGCUUCCCUUCUUAGUCAAAGAUGGUACCCAGAAAUGCAUCAUAGAGCUUGACCGCAGGGCCCCAGAUCAUGUGAAGAGCGCAGAUUUCUACAACAAGGUCACUACUUUGGCGGAUGUCAUGUCAAGUCUGCAACAGCUGGGUGAGGUCAACGUCAAGCUGUCCAUGCAUGAUUCUGGGAAGACCGAUGAUGGGGGGAUUCAAUUUACCCAGAUCGAACCGGUGUGCUUUGUGCUGGAUGCCUUGAAAGAGAAGCGUAAGAAGACCACUGGCAGCGCUACAACAUUCGGUGCCAAGCUGAGCCUUGCCAAGCUGCGCAGCUCCAAGAACUUGGAAGUUGUCUGGCGGCUGAGGCUACAAGUUGGAGCAACUGAUGGAUCCGUUUCGGGGACUACUGAGCUUGUGCCGGUGCGACCUGUGACUACUCUCGCAGCCGAUUUGGAGAUGAAGGUCUGGGCCAUUCAGCCCCGCAUGUCUUCAUCUGAUGUCGAAGAGGUGGAACCCUCCCAGAGUUUCACAGUGAGCAAGGCGUUUGAUGUGAAAGACUAUGCCAAGUACAUGAGCACCCCUGUUGCUUCCCAGAACACAGGGCAAUCCAGUUCAUCCAUUGGAGCCCCUUCAGGAUGUUCUGGCCUUCAACGUGUAGAGCUGAAGUCUUCGGAAUCCCCGUCUGGUUCUGACAAGACCCAGGAUGAGAAAGGAACGAAGAAGAAGAAGAAGGACAAAGAUGAUAAGAACAGAGCUGACAAAGAUACCAAACGUAGGAGAAAAGAAGACAAGGAGAAAGAUGAGAAGAAAGACUCCAAGAAGGACAAGAAGAAGGUCGAUGCUGAACAGGAACUAGUUUCUUUGUUUGGGCCCAAUGGACCUGAAGAUGAUGAAGAAGGAGACCCCCCAGUAGAUUCUGAUGAGCAACCUGUUCGCAAGAAACCAGCUGGAAAGAGCCGAGACAGCAAGGCAAAGCCCAGCAAGAAAGAUAAGACUGACAAGAAGACAAAGAAGAGCACCAGAAAGGGCAACAAGCGUAAUGAUGGUGAUUUCGCAGUGGAAUCCUCUGAGGAAAAUUGCCGUGAUGAUGAUGAUGAGGUUGCUGAUACCCAGAUCGACAGCCCUGAUCGCCCGACCCUUCGCCGUAUGACACCUCUGGAUGAGGACUUGCUCAAGAGCAUCGAGAUGGCAGAUGCAGCCGAGGCUCUCGCAAUGAAGCGCAAAUGCCAGGAGAAGAUGGUGGAUGCUUCCCCGGGCUACUCUAUGGGGGCCAACUCGGACGCUCCUUUGUAUGACUCCUUGAGUCCCAAUGCCCAGACCCGCUACACAGAUGGGAUCAGUGUCAUUGCUGAUGUCUAUGGGGAUGUGUUCCACAAUGGCAUCACGGGUUGCAGUGGCAAUGACUUACCUCCCGAUGGCCUUCCUUACUUUCCCACGGGUUGUCCGUCUGAUGAGGAGCUAUCCCCAAAGAGUCUUGCUACUAAGGAUGCUGUGGGCGAAAUCCAGACAAUUGAGGAUACCUACAGUCCCGCUUUCAAGUGCGAAGUCUUCCCGGAUAGGCAACUUGAGUCAUUUGAGAUGGAAAAGUCCCCAGCGUGCCCAAGGAAGGAAGGUGAGUUUGGGACCCCCGGGGCCAUGACGGUCUCUGAUGGGGAACCUGAGAUUCCGGUGCAGCCUGAGUCUGAUAAGUAUUUUGGCAGCUAUCACAAAUUUUCGGCCCCCCAAAUAUUAUUUUAA